AUGCAUCGAGUUGUUAUAUCUGGAAUGGGUGCAAUUACACCAUUUGGUGUAUCAGUUGCGAAUUUGAGAAAUGGAUUAAUGGAAGGAAGAAGUGCUUUGAGAUAUGAUGAAGUUUUGAAGUUCGUUGUCGGAGAAGUUCAAGGUGAAAAAGUUGAAAAUCGAUGGACAGCUGGACAACAAAGAGAAAUGAGCAAAUCAAGUAUUUAUGCAUUAGUAGCUGCUGAAGAGGUUUGUUUCUUUAUUUUUUUCAGACGAAAUUGCAUUCCAAGAUCUAUUUCAGACUCUUUCUUCAGCAAAUGCUCUUGAAAUCGAUCAUAAUGAAACAAUUGUAAAUAUAGGAACAUGUAUGUCAGAUUUACUUCAUAUUGGAGAAACAGCACAAAAAGUAUCAGCAAAUCAAUCAAGGAAAGUUUCACCAUAUUUUGUUCCACGGAUUCUGAAUAAUCUACCUGCUGGAUAUGUUGCUAUGAAGUUAGUUUUUUGGGAGAUGCGAGUGGAAAAAUGGUCAAGACAUUCAAAAAAAUCAAAACAUUGUUUUUAACAAAAGCAUCAAUAAUACUCUCAAUUUUAGAUUUAUUUUUAAAUUCUUGCGUCAUAAAUGUUAAAGUUCCCUUUUUCAAAAAUCCAAUCGAAUUUCUAUUUUUUGAAAAUUUUGAUUCUCAUUUUAUUAUUUUAAAUUUCCAGAUAUAAAAUGCACGGCGGUGUCGAAUCAACAUCAACAGCUUGUGCAACUGGUCUUCAUUGUAUUGGAAAUGCAUUUCGUGCAAUUCGACACGGUUAUGCAAAAAGAGCAAUUGCCGGUGCUGUCGAAUGUGCACUAAAUCCAAUAUCAUUGGCUGGAUUUGAUAGAAUGAGAGCAUUAGCGAGAGGAAAUGAUAUAACUAUUAGCAGACCUUUUGAUAAAACAAGAAAUGGUUUUGUUUUGAGUGAAGGGGUUAGUUUUUAAGAUUAUCUUUCGGAAUUUAUUUCCAAAUUGUUUCCAGGCUGGACUUUUGUUUUUGGAACGAUUGAGUGAUGCUCAAUCACGCGGUGCACCUAUUUUCGCAGAAAUAUUAGGAUAUGGAACAUCUUCAGAUAGUUAUCAUAUUUCAACACCAGAUCCAUCUGCAAUUGGAGCAAUUAUGUCAAUGGAAAGAGCAUUGAAAGAUGGAAAUGUUGAUAAAAAUGAUAUUGGGUGAGUAAUUUUGGGAAAUUCAAUAGACAUUUUAUAAGACAUGAGUUUAGUUAUAUAAAUGCACACGCAACUUCUACUCCUGCUGGAGAUAGUGUUGAAGCAUUGGCAAUUCGAAAAACAAUUGGAAAUAUUGCUGUUAGUAGUGUAAAAGGGCAUAUUGGCCAUUUAUUAGGUGCCGCUGGCUCUGUUGAAACAAUUUCUACAAUUUGUGCAAUGUUAGACGGUUAUAAACCAGCAAAUUUGAAUUUGAAUGAAUCAGAUGAAGAUGAUGGAUUAAGAUUGCUUCGAUCGAAUGAGAAAUGGGAUUCAUCGAAAAGUCGAAUCUCAAUUUGUAAUUCGUUCGGAUUUGGAGCAACAAAUGCUAGUCUCAUUGUAUCUAUGUACAAUUCACAAAAAUAA